AUGCUGCAUUAUUUCACAUUGUCAAUGCUAUAUCUCCAUAUAUUGCUUGCUGCUAAUUUGCCGAAAUUAUCAUUUUCUGAGCAGAUGACGUCAAUCUCGAUAAACUUGCUUUCCUUAGCGCUAUGCUUGUCGUCGGGAUUCCAACAAGGAUACAUAGCUUCCGUUCUCAAUCAGCCGUAUCUCCAAAUUGAAAACUAUAUAAAUGCGUCAUGGAUUGAAAGAACGGACAAACCAUUGCAAGCGGAUCUCCUGAACGUACUAUGGUCCCUUUUGAACGUCUGUUUCCCAAUAGCAACUAUUUUUGGGCAAAUCCUUGCAGCAUUCUUGUGCAAGAAAAUUGGACGAAAAGGAACUGCCCUUUUGGCAAGUUCCAUCUACAUUCCAGGUGUACUGCUCUGUGCAGCAUCAAAGUACUUACAUCCGUACUUUGAACUCCUUUAUUUAGGACGAAUACUCUGGUAAAG